CGGUAGAGUGUGCCACUCUACUCAUUUGACAAUCUAUGACUGGACUGCCUUUUAUUGGUUAGAAUAUGACAUAUGUGCUUGUGGCAAUCCUUUAGUGUCACCAAUGGUUUUGAAACUUAUGGAUAAACAACGUGUUGUCAAGACAUCAGUGAGACUACUCAAUUUUCUACCUCGUGCCGGUGCCUUGCACAAUUAGGCAGCUGAACCUGCGAGGCCAUGGCCGUAUACGGCCGCACAUUUCGAACCAUGGGGAUCCAUCUCCGACCGGUCGAAUUCGGGUCGCCCCGCCUCUUGCACAACGGCCCCGACACUGUGGAGGAGCUUCUCGACAGGCACAUCGCCGUCAAGGAGGAGAAGAAGAAGAAGAUUCUAGACGAAGACGACAACGAAAUCCUGACUCGGCAGCGGCUCACCAGCACUCGCCGCGAGGCGCUGAGUCUCUACAGGGACAUCAUCCGGGCCACCCGGUUCUUCGCCUGGCCCGAUUCCCGAGGCCUUCUCUGGCGCGAUGUCCUUCGAGAGAACGCCAGGAAGGAAUUCGAGGAGGCCCGAUUCGAAACCGACCCGGAAACCAUCACCCGUUUGCUGAUUGGAGGCCACGACGCCCUGCAAGCCGCCCUCGACAAGCUCGUGGAGAAACAGAAACAGGAGAUCCAAAAGCACCAAGGUUAUGUAGGGUGAAUGAAUCCUAGGAUAAGCAGAUGCAAUCUCAGGAACCCAUAAUGAAGGAGAAGUAAGAUCAAGUAUUGUGGCAAAUGCCACUGGCCUCCAUUGCAUCUGUUUUGGAUCCUCUGCAAUUUGGGAUCUUGUCACACUUGACCAAUUCGAUCGGGACAUUUUGGCCAUAUCUAAUAUACCUACCGUUGCUUCAGAAGCUGCGUUAUGGGGUGCAGGGAGGGCUAUUGAUCCGUAUCGGGCGUCUUUAUCCACCAACAUUGUUGAAGUGUUUGAUUUCUGCUGGAGAUCGGGUUCGUAACAUACAUGCAAUGAAGAUAUUUUUAGCACACCAGUAGUGGCAAAAGCAUGAGAGAUGAGAACAACAAUUUGUUCUGUGAUGAAGAUUAAUAUGGAGCACACAUGGAUGUGCUCCAUUUGAAGGACAUGGUCAAGUCGUGUUUCCAGUCCACCAACUUGGUUCCAAGAUGUGUUUGAGUUUGAUAAAAUAAUAGUACUCGGAAACAUAUUUUUGUAUAUUUCUAAGGUUUCUUUGAUUGCAAAGAUCAAGCCCCCCUUUAUACGCUUAGCACAAGAGUU